AUGAAAAUUUUCAUUUUACUUAGAACUGCAGUAUUUAUACUUUAUAUAUAUAUAUAUUAUUAUUUGAAUAGCAAGUUUUUCUUUGAUAAAUAUUUGGAUUAUAAGAAUUGUGCAGAUAGUAUAUCAGUUUCAAGAACUUAUAGAUUAUUUUCAGAACAUAAGAAUAAAAAAGAAAAUUUAAAAUCUAAAAAAGAGAAAUCAGAAAAAGCAGAUAAUAAUAAAGGAAAUGAUAAUGCUAAAUUGAUAAAUAAUGAAAAUUCAAAAACAAAAGACAAAAAAUCAGACAAAAAAAAAAUAGAUGCACGAACUAAUCAUUUUGCAUUAAUAGAUAAUUUUUUGGAAAAUCGUGUAAAUGCAGCAAUAACUAGUCUACAUAAAUUUAAAACAUGUUCUGAUCCUACUUUGAAAUCGGGUUUAAAAGUUGAAGUAUUAAGGAAUUACAUGAUAAUAUUUGGUGGACCAAUAGCAUUUAUGGUGGUAACAAUUAUAGAUGGUGUUAUUGAAUACGUUUUUAAUAAAUUUCUUGGAAUUUCAUUGGUGUCUGGUAUAUUAUGCAUUUUAAAGGCUCUCUAUGUGUUCAUAAAGUUCAGAAAAUGUUCAAAACAGUUAGAAGCACAAAGAAAGGUAAUCAUGGAAAAUCCUAAAAUGUGGGAAGAGGAGCAAAAAAGGCAGAAGGAGGAGGAGGAAAAAAGGCGGAAAUUGAAGGAGUUGAUAUGUCAGAAGAAGAGAGAGAGACAAAUAUGGAAGGACGAGAUGAAAAAAAGAAAGAAGAAGGAGAAGCAGAAAUGGCUGAAAGAGAUGAAAAAAAAAAUUAAGAAGAAGGAUUGGAAAAAAUUUUUAGUGCCUAGUUAUUUAUUAUAUACAAUUCUCUCCAAAAAAAUAUUUUACAUGUAA